ACUGCCUUCUGUUUUUUCCACGCUUGGGCUCAACUCAUCUGCUCCAGGGCCUCGCUGGUCCGCAGACACACAGAAGAGAGAAGCUCCCGGUCGCCUUGGUAUAGCCAUGUGCUACGGCAGGUGUGCUCGAAGCAUCGGACAUUGCCUGAUCUGGCUGGCCGUCCUCAGCAUUGUGGCUAAUAUCUUGCUUUACUUUCCCAAUGGGGAAACAAAGUACGCGACGGAAAACCUCCUCAGCCGCUUCGUGUGGUUCUUUGCUGGAAUCCUGGGAGGGGGCUUGCUGAUACUGCUGCCGGCAUUUGUCUUCAUUGGGCUGGAAGAGGAUGACUGCUGUGGCUGCUGCGGCCAUGAGAACUGUGGCAAGAGGUGCUCGAUGCUUUCUUCUGGACUGAUGGCCACCAUCGGAAUCCUCGGGUCUGGCUACUGCAUCAUUGUGGCAGCGCUGGGCUUGGCAGAAGGACCAAGAUGUCUCAAUUCCCUUGGCCAGUGGAACUACACCUUUGCCAGCACUGAGGGCCAGUACCUUCUGGACACCUCUACGUGGUCCCAAUGUGUUGAGCCCAAGCAUAUUGUGGAGUGGAAUGUGACUCUGUUUUCUAUCCUCUUGGCUCUUGGUGGAAUUGAAUUCAUCCUGUGUCUUGUUCAAGUAAUCAACGGGGUGCUUGGAGGCAUCUGUGGCUAUUGCUGCUCUCGCCAACAGCGAUAUGACUGCUAAGAGAGCCACCACCUGAAGACAGAACUACUGCCUUCCUCUAUUUCAUUGUAAUUUAUAUAUUUUACUUUUAUUAAUUUGUAAAACUUUGUAUUAGUGUAUCAUAUUCCACAUAGUCUACUUUUAUAAAGGUGUAUAAAGACUG